AUGGCCUCCGUCUGCAUAUCAGAAUGCGUCGACAACGUCUGCGUCGUCCCGGGCGGCCGGCCGACCCACGUGAACCUGCAGCGGUGGCCGGAGGAGGAGAACGACUCUGCAGAGAGAGAACGCCGCCGCCCACGGCCGAGAGGGGCUCGCCGGCAAAUGUAUCUGAGGAGCUACACCUUUUCUAGAGAGGACGCCGUCGCCCCUAAGGGUACAACUCAGCAUUGCCUUGGGAAGCUCAGGUCAUUUCGGAAGCCGGAGGAUAUCCGUGAAGGCCUGAGGAAGAGGAGGAGCCGCUGUUUCGCCGUUGCUAGGGCCGCCGCCAAGCAGGCUUCUUCCGGUGGUGCGUUGCUGUCCAUGUUUCGACGGUUGGUUUGUUGUGGCGGCCGGUAA